AUGCCAGACAACAAACCCAUCCCCCCAGCAAUAACCCACCUCGAAAAGUCCCUCUCCAAAGCCCUCCACAAACGUCGCCACAACCACACAAUCCGCCACCUCACCACCUUCCCCUCCACCUCCGCAGAUUUCUCCAGUAACGACUUCCUCUCCCUCUCCACCUCUCCCCACCUCCAACAAAAAUAUCUCCAAUCCCUCUCUCCCUCCUCCCACCAACAACAACCAUCAACAUCAUCAUCCUCCACAAAACACCUCGGAUCCGGCGGUUCCCGCCUCCUCGACGGAAACUCCCCCCUAGCCGAACAACUCGAACAACUUCUCGCAAAUUUCCACAAUGCACCAGCAGGACUGUUGUGUAAUUCGGGAUAUGAUGCCAAUACAGGAUUUUUCUCCUGUGUGCCUCAGGCAGGGGAUUAUAUUGUUUAUGAUGAAUAUAUUCAUGCGUCGGUACAUGAUGGAAUGAGACUUUCUCGGGCGGCGAGGAUGAAUGUUACUACUACUACUACUGCGGUGACGACGAGUACUACUGGGAUGACUACUGGGACGACGACGACGACGACUGCUGGUGGUGAUGGUGAUGGUGGAGCAGGGAAUUUGAGAUUUUUUGCGCAUAAUGACAUGUGUGCGUUACAGAGGGUGUUGGAGCAGAUUGUGGAGGAGAUGAAAGUGAUAGAAGGAGGGAGAACCAGAAAUGUCUUUAUCGCUGUCGAAGCUGUGUAUAGUAUGGACGGCGAUAUAUGUCCUUUGGAAAAAGUGGUGGAAUUGAAAAAGGAGAUCUUGGGUCCCAUGGGGAAUGGGGUGUUGAUUGUGGAUGAAGCGCAUUCUACAGGAUGGAUUGGACCUCAUGGAAGUGGACUGGUCUCGGCAUUGGGACUAGAAAGGGAAUGUGAGGUGCGCUUGCAUACGUUUGGAAAGGCGUUGGCUUGUAAUGGGGCGAUUGUGCUGUGUUCGCCGCUGAUCAGGGAGUACUUGAUCAAUUAUGCUCGACCGCUGAUUUAUACGACGUUUAUGUCGUAUCCCAAUUUGGCGGCGAUACGAGCAAGUUAUGAGUUCUUGAUGGAGGGAAAAGCGGAACCUUUGGCGGACAACUUGCAGAAGCUGAUGGGAACUUUAUUCGAAAGAUUGCAGCAGAUGCAAGCGGAUUUGCAGCUGUCGAUUGAAGAGUCACAUCUGUUGCGUUGUCCCCUGGAGAAACCCAAGACGCCCAUCUUUGCGGUGUUGUCAAGUGAGCCCAAGGAAUUGGCGGCUUAUUGUCAGAGAAAAGGGUUCGUGGUGAGAGGCAUUGUGCCGCCCACGGUGCCAUUAGGGACGGAGAGGAUUAGAGUGUGUCUGCAUGCGGGGAACACGGUGGAGCAGAUAGAGGGUCUUGUCGCGUGUAUCCGUGCUUGGACUGUAGAGCGAGUGUGUGAUCUGAAGAAAGCUGGCCAGACGAGGCUAUGA